GGCGAAGCUUCGAAACGCCAAAAUUAUUAUUUUGCGUCGAAAUAAAAGUAAUGAUCAUUUAGAGACCAUAGGGAGCCCAAGGAUUCCAUAUUCCCUUCCUACAGAUACUUGUAGAAGGAAUAAUUAUGAAAAGCCUUCUAACCAAGCAGUUCACUCAGACUGAUGUGAGCGUGAACAGCCUUAGGAUCAAGUACUAGUAGUCAUGUCAACUUUACUUGAACACAAGGAGUCCUUGGAUACAACAGUCAUCAUCACAGGCUCUCAGCUCAUGUUAACAUGAACAAUCUUGGAGUUCAACAUCCAUCACAGCCUACUACAUGUAUAAACACAAACAGCCAUGUAUCACAGCAGCUCUUUCUGCCUCCUAUGAACAAUAACAGGCAUCCUAUGAACAUUAACAACCUUGGAGUGCAUCAGUCCAGUCUUCCUCCUGUGAACAUGAACAACCUUUCACAGCUUAGAUUUCCUUUUGUCAUUUAUCCUGUGAAUAAUCUGUGUAAUAUGGUGCAGGUUCCAAACAAUAUAACGUUUCCCUCCACAAACAAUGCCCAAAACAUGCAAAAGGCUGAAAAUCAUAUGACAGAAACUGAUACCAAAACUACCACAUUAUCCAAUCCCAAUCUCAAUCACAGUAAUGAUAUUGCACCAGUUACCAUGUCCUUUAACCAAAACUCUGCUGUUACUGUCUCCAACUCAAAUGUUAUAAAUACAACAGUCGACAACUUAAAAAUUUUGAACAGUGGUGUACCACAAGGUGCUCUUAAUCAUCAUGUAAAUGUGCAAACACAAGGACUUCUGAAACAAGUUUUAAAUGUUCCUAAUGCAGUGACCCCACUCUUGUUGGUACCAAACAGUGCUGCAAAUUUGGCUGUAACCAAAAAGUGUUUCAAGAUAAAAUUGACACCAAUUAGGCCUGCACCCCAGAAAAAUUCAACAAGAGACACCCACAGGCCCACACAAGGCACAGAGUCCCAGAAAAAAACAUUACCUGAGAACAAUUCAAAAACAGUAUUACCAGCUGAUGUAGAGGUUACAGAACAGAGCUUUCCAGUCAUUUUUCAUCCAGUUCAGGAGCAAGAUUCAUCGUCAGAAUUGGAAAAAGUUCAAGUAAAAAUGGAGGAAAACCUAGUGGAAAAUGAAAUCCAGUCUUCCACCCCUAUAGGAGAAGAUCAAAGGGUUGGAAAUAGCCUAGAGGCAUUACAG